AUGCCCGCCCUGACAAUGUCACAUCGGCCAAAGAACGGCGCGAAGAAGCCGCGGUUUGAACUACCCGCACUCGAUCUCAACUUUGGCAACAUCACGGAUGGCACCAAUAUACCGCCACCGCUGCCGUCGCCAAAGGUCCCAACGCCCCCGCAAACGCCCCCCGCGAUCGAUGCCAAAGACGCCCAGGCUCAUGGCACAGCCGCUGCGAAUAAAGCCAAUGGUAUUAGUACUGGUACCUACCACCCCAACGAGCCUGCCCCGUUGAGCCCGACCCCCUUUGUUCAACAGGGCACACUCCGGCGCAUGUUGAGCAAGCGCACCAUGAGUAACACAGCUGCAGAAAGCCGGCUCCCCGGCAGCCAAAGCGCGCUGCUGCUGGACAAUGUCGACCGACCGCAGAGCCGUGGUGGUUUCAGCUUGAUGGGCGAUCGAAAAUCGAAGCGCAAUAGCGGCUGGUUUAAACGUUUCAGGAACGGCGACCAGCCGCCCUCGUCAAGACGGUCCAGCUUCCUCUUUAGCGGCAGCUCCAGCAACUUGCCCGAUACCUCGAAGCCGCUGGAGCCGCCGCCGCCAAUGAUCCCCGAGCUUCGGGAACUUGAGAAGGACGAAGGUAGCUUGGGCUCCGACAUAUUUCGAAACAUAAAAUAA